AUGUACGGCUCUCAAAGCCAUGAGCGGCGGCAAGCCAUGAAAGCUCUCCGCAACCAGAGCAUCAAGAUCAUCACCGGCUACACCAUCCUCGGCUUCUGCAACGUCAUCCUCUCCAACAUCAUCUUCUCCUCCAGCUACCUCAUCAUCCCCUACUCCCGCCCCCUUGUCCUGCUCAUCCAGCUCCUACCCGCCCUCGUCGCCAAGCUGCUCGCCCCGCACGCGCUUCUGCCCUACCUUCCCUGGAAGCUGCGCCCGUUUCUCUUUGCCGGCUGCUGGUCCCUCGCCGUCUUCGUCGCCUCCGUCACGCCCGCCAACGUGCCCGCCGUCUGGCGCGUCCUCGUCGUCCUGCUCGCCGCCGCCACCGCCGCCGUCACCGACGUCUCGUCCCUCGGCCACCUGCGGCACUUUGGCCGCGCCGGGCUCGCCGGCUGGGGCAUUGGCACCGGCGCCGCGUCUCUGCUCUGGGCCGUUGCGCCCUACGUCGUGACCGUCUCUGCGCACGUUGUGCUGCGCACCGCGCUCGACUACGCCCACUACUUUGUCGGCGCGGGGCUCGUCGCCCACUCCAUGGUCCUGCGUCGGCCGCCCGUCUUUACCUGCACGACCGUCGACAGCAUCAAGUAUGACGCCCGCGCCGCCGAGGAAGGAAGCGGCGAGUUUGUCGUUCAGGAGCCGCCGCCACAGCACGACGACGACGACGGGCCUACGACGUGGGCCGGCCGCUUCGAGCACAAUCUGCGACUCGUCGACCCGCUCGCCAAGCCGUACAUUCGCACCCUCUGCUUCGCAUUUACGCUGCAGGCGCUCGUCGCCCCGGGCAUCUCGCGCGCCUACGGCCGCUCCGCCGUCUUUGGCACCUUUGAGACCUUUACUGCCGUCUACAACCUCGCCUUUCAGGCCGGCAACCUCGUCUCGCGCUCCACCAUUCUACUCGUCCGCAUUCGCCACCUCGCACGCCUCACCUCGCUGCUCGCUGUCGUUGUCGCCGCCCUCCUGCUCAACGGCGUCGCCGCCUUGGUCGUCUCUCCGUAUCUAGUGCUGCCCGCGCUCUUUGCCGCCGGGCUCCUCGGCGGCGCCGUCUACGCAAACAUUUUCGCUUCGGCCCUCGAGCAGAUGGCGACGGACAAGCCGGCCGAUGCGGAAUUUGGCCUCGGUGUCAUUAGCACUAGCGAGACGGUAGGCAUUCUGUGUGGCUCGCUGCUCGCGGCUCUGACAGAGCAGAGUCUCUGCAGCGUGGACGCGAGAAAUGGCACCCGGUGGUGCUACACCACAUCUUGA